CGCGUGUAUUGUGAUUUCAAUUUAAUAAUCCGUCUGCCUUCCAUAAAUUUUAAAUUAAUACUUUCUGAUAAUGUGUAUUAUACCUCAUAAAGCAACAGUCCGUAAGAUGAUUAUAAAUAAAGGUGGUGUCAUAAAUAAAGUAAUUUUUACUAAAUCGCCUCCUCAUAAAAGUGUGCCGAAAAAAAACACCAAUAAAAGAUGUUACAGUUGCCAUUCUUUUGGCCAUUUAUCAAUAAAUUGCUACAAAAAAAAAGCACUAAAUAAAAAAAAUAAUUCUACAAAAUGGUGCAAUUAUUGCCAAAAAAUGUCAAAACACACACCAGAAAAAUGUUGGUAUAAAAAUAAAAAAAAUACCAAGGGAAAAAAUAAAAUAUUUUAUAAAUAUUAUUUUGUGAUAUAUUAAUAAUAUUAAUUAAUUAA